GAAGAAAGAAAGAUUUCAAAAUGGCAGACUUCCAGUGUUAGUAAGAGUAGGAGUGCCAUAGAUUUCACUGGGUUUCUCUGAUAGUGCUUGUAUUACUAAAAUAUAAAUCAUUACCAGUUUCUAAUGAACUUAAUAAUAAUUUAAAAAUGUUAAUUGCAUUCCUGACUUUGUGUUGUGGUUGGACUGGAGAAUGUACCAUAAUUUCCAUACCCGAGGUGAUCGGUGUCAAUUUUGCUUCUGGGAGCUUUAGAAAUGGAGCCUUGAAAUAAUUAAUCGGAAGUGUUGUUCUAAUUGAAGUGUAUUUUUAAUAUUUUUUAAAAUGGCUGAUUUUGGAGACAAUUUUAAAGAACUUUGUCGUCUCUGUGCGUCCUUUGAUGCUAUAAAAAUGGAAAUCUUUGGUGAAAAAGGGAAGGAAAGAAAACUCCUUGACAAAAUACACGCUUGUCUGCCUCUAAAGGUUUCAGAAGAAGAUCUUCUCCCGAAAUCACUUUGUUACCGCUGUAUUUACAACUUGGAAAACUUUUACGAUUUUCGUAAAGGUUGUGUUGAUGCUGUCAAUCGUCUGGAGAGUUACGUUAAUGAAACUUGGGGCAACGCUCUUGAACUCCAGUAUAGACCACAAAAAAACAUGGUCAGGGACAAUGAAUUAGAAAUGGAAGAACAUACAGGUAGAAGUGUCCACUCAGAAUAUUCUGACAGCCAAGAGCCACCCAAUCCUGCUGAUUUUCUAGAGGCUCGAAUGGAUAACGAGCCAAUACAGUCCUCUCCACAGUAUAUGCACAUGCAAUCAUCUCCGCAUUAUACCAAGGAGCAGAUCAUUGAGGUCAAUGCAGGUUCCUUUUCCUGCCCGUCUUGUCCUCAGAGCUUUAGCAACAUGUCUGCUCUCAUUCUUCACUCCAAAUGUCACAUGGGUGGAGGUACCCUUACUGUGACUGGCAAGAAAGAUGCUGUCCGCCUCUUUACUUGUCCUGUUUGCGGUAAAACAUUUGUCUCCAAGGGCAAUUUGUCCAACCACAUCAAAGUGCACUCUAAUGAGGGAUACACUCAAGUACAGGAAAGGCCAUUCCACUGUGAGCUAUGUAACAAAUCGUACACUGUAGCCAAACACCUGUGGGGACAUGUGAGCACAGCUCAUAGAGGUGAUCCCAGGGUCACUUGUCAAUACUGUUUGCGAAUCUUCUCUACCAGCCAGAACCUCGAGGACCACUGCAAGACCAAACACACCAACGAAUACCAGGAAGCUCAGGCUGAGAAGUGUGCUGACAAUGCUGAAGAGCCAAUCCAAGUGGAUCUAGAGAAACCCAAUUCUAGUGAAGAACUCUCCAAUAGUCGUCGAAAAAGUUCUAAUCCAAGAAAAAUCCAAAGGGAAGAAAGUGUAGAUACUGAGCAGUCAAACCAUUCAGUCAAAGAAGAAGAUGAUUCCCCAGAAGAAGAAAGUCCCAUUUCUUGUUUACUCUGUGGACGUUUGUUUGAAAAUCGCAAUGAUUUGAGAAAGCACAUUUUGAUGGGUCAUGGCAUCGAUCCAGCAGAAGUCGGUUAUCCUGACAUGGAAAUGGAUGAGUUGUCAAUUAAAAAAGAACAAAUGGAUGAAAGUGAAAUGGCAGAAAGCAUGUUGGAAGCUGAGACUGUAUUUUGCUGUGAAGUAUGUAUCCGGGAGUUUAAUGACAGAGCAAGCCUUUGGCUUCACAUGUUAUAUUCUCAUAGAGAAGAAGCUGCUACUGCAUGUGGUAUUUGUUUACGGGUAUGUUCUGACAACGUCAGCCUGUUGGAACAUGUUGAUUCUUGCCAUCCAAGGGAGAGUAUGGUAACUGACAAACGCAGAUACAGCUGUCAGAUAUGUGCCAGGCAGCAUGACUCAAGAAAGAAACUCUUAGCACAUGUUAAAAUUCACAAUUUACGAGAUGCAGAUGGCAGAUCAUUGGAUCCUGAAUCUAUGGUUGUGCUGAAUAGUGACUUCUAUGGUUCAGAAAUACCUCCAUCCAAUGAAGUCGUAAUGGACGAUGAAUUCAGUAUGAGUUGUGAAAUUUGCUACAAGUCUUUUCCUACAGAAAUAAAAUUGAUAAAGCAUAAAAGAAAUGCACAUAAGGAAUCAGAAGCUAUGCAUAGUCUUAACAGUUCUGCUACUUACAAAUUGUAUUUUCCCUGUGAAGUGUGUGGCCUAUCACACUCAACAAGAACAGAACGUUGGAGGCAUGUAUUUAGUAAUCAUGCAGAUGAGUCUUCAUUAGUUUGUGAACGGAAGGAUUGUGGAAAAGUAUUUCCGACUCAAGCUCUCAAACAAGAGCAUGAAACCAGUCACCAUGAGCUCCAAGGGGACUCCCCGAACACAUGUGAAAUUUGUGGAAAGUUAUGGGCGACGAGGAUGAACUAUUGGAAACAUAUGAUGGGUGUUCAUAGUGACUGUUUACCUUUCAUUUGCGGUGUUUGCUUGAAAAUAUUUUGCAAUGUCGGAGACUUAGCAUCACAUGUCAAAGACAAACAUUACCCACUAGACAGCACAGAAGAGUUUUGCUGUGAUAUUUGUGGCAGGCCAUACACUAAAAAAUCUAAAAUGUCAAGGCAUAGAAAAAUCCACAAUCUUCCUGUUUCUGAAGGUGGUUUAGAAGAUGGCGUAUUUGAUUUUCAGUCAGAGGUUGGGGAGAGAUCAGAUGAACCAGGGGUGUUGAAGUGUCAUGAGUGCCCGACAGAAGAGUUUAUUGAUCUGGAAGAACUCUCAGAACAUCGAAGGUCAGCUCAUAAUUUGGUUCCUUGCGAUUUGUGUCCAAAAUAUUAUGGGCGAACUUCUCAUUUGUGGAAACACGUGUACAAAAUUCAUAAAAGUCAUCCUGAUAUUACUUGUAACAUUUGUCUGAAAACUUCUGCAUCCAAAGCUCAUUUAGCUAAACAUUAUGGGAAACACCAUCGUGGACAUACUUUAACUGAAGAGAACAACUUUGUUACUUUGCAGGAUGUUGUUAGCAGUACGGGAGGAGAUGAACAUAAUUGCAGCAAAUGCAACAAAGCUUUUCGAAAAGAUCACUUGAUGAAACAACAUUUAAAACACUGCACAGGCCCAAAAGUUCCUGCAGUUUCGAAAGGCUUAAGCCCAGCCAUUAAUGGUAGCUUUCCUUGUGAAAAAUGCUCAAAGAUAUUUGAAACCCAAUCUUUGAUGCGUAAGCAUCUGAGAAGUUCUCACAUCAUGUACCAUUGUGAAAUUUGUGAGGUCGCUAAGGAUUCCAAAACUGAACUGUUUGAUCAUAUUAGAACAGAACAUUCUAAUCAUCCAGAUUUAACAUGUGAUGUUGAAUCGUGUCAAAAAAUGUUGCGUAUCAAGAAAGAUGCUCUGAAACAUAAACGAGAACAUCGUCAAGGUUACCCACCACCCACUUGUGAAUUCUGUGGUGAACUUCUGCCAAAUCGUAUUAAACUCCGGAAACAUUUAAAAGCCCAUCAUAUGGAAAAAGUAAAAUACAUGUGUGCAUUAUGUACGGUUUCUCAUCUGUCAUUAGAAGACUUGCAGAAUCAUAUCAAAGAGAUUCAUCCUUCAUCAGUAGGCAAGCCUAAUACAUGUGCAAUAUGUGCUAGAAAGUGUCCCACUAAGUAUAAACUCGAAUCACAUUUGAAGACUCACGGAAGUGAAUUCCUCCACUGUUUAACAUGUUUUCAAGUUUUUACAGAAGAACAAGCAUAUAAUCAACACUGUGAAAUUCAUCCGCCCAAAAAACAGAACUCAUCCAAACAAGAAGUUGUUAAAGAUUCAGAUGCCGAAAGUGAUAAUGAAGAAACAGGCACUAAACGCAAGGGUUCACCCUGUAAUGAAAAUGGUACAAAACAGGUGAGGUUGACACACAUCUGUGUUUGUUGUAAAUCAAGCUUUGCUACAACUAAUGAGCUGUAUAGGCAUCAGCUAGAAGAUCAUUCAGGAUUGAAAUGUGAGACGUGCAACAGCUUCCAUGAAUCAGAAGAGGCCUUGAUUAGUCAUAAAGUUAUGUGUAAGCCAUGUGAAGGAAGAACGAAACGACGAACAAAUCCUCUGAUUACCUCUUUGUUUGAUAAGAGUGUCGAGCGAGCAUUACGUUUUGAGUCAGAUGAUGAAAUGGGUGGUACAAACCUGUCUUCGCUCAACAGUUUGGAUGAAAAUUCUAGUAGUUCAAAAGAGUUAUGGGGUUCGCCUAGCAAAACACAUGUUACUACUACCAGGAAAGUUUAUGAAAAUGAUGAAAGUUAUUCACCUUGUGAGUUUUGUGAAAAAUCUUGGCCCAAUAAAAGAGGAUUGUGGCAACAUAUGGUUCGAUCUCACAGAGAAGAAGCUGCAACUACAUGUGGAGUAUGUUUGAAGGGUUGUGGAUCUUACCAUGAACUUGACAUGCACCUCGUUGACAUUCAUCCUAGAAAUUUUGAUGAGGAAGACAGUAACUCAACAUGUAGAGUGUGUGGGCGAUACCAUAAUGCUCGUGCUAAAUUACUGCAACAUUCUGGCAUCCAUACUGGUGAAGAAAACCGUGCAACAACAUUACAGUACACCUGCAGAGUUUGUAAUAUGACAUUUAAUUCUAGGGGAUUCCUGACAAAACAUGCCAGGCAAGAACACAAUAUAAUACCUGAAGAAACCCCACCAGGGGAUGACAGUUUAAAUCAACAGCCUAUGGGGGACAGUAUUUGCUCAGAUGAUGAUGAUUCUCAGUUUGAAGGAUUUCCUGUAGAGAACAGUGAUUCUAACGAUGAUGAGCCAUCACCCAAAAAAUUUGAAACAGAGUCCAAUUCAAAUAUUGAAGAUAAUUCCUCUAAGGUAUCUCCAGCUUCUGUUAUGAAUUCAACGGAAAUAGAAGUGGAUGAUAAUGAUAAAAGUUGUGAAGUUGUAAUUAGUAAUACUAAUAAUGUUGAAUUACCUUCUUCUCUGGUAGAUACUUCUAAUCAAAAUUCAGUGAGUAGGGACAGCUUUGAAGGCGUUGAAGAAUUUUUCAGUCAAGAAAAAACUAAACAAAGUUUGAGUGACUCGGAAAUUGAACAAGAAGAAAGUGUGAACUCGGUGUUGGAUGUAAAUAAACAUGAGAGUUUAUCAAGGUUUUCAGAAGACAGUUUAUCCCACAGUAGUGUAGUAAAUAAUGUUAAGUCUUUUCAGGCUGUCUCAGGGUUAAACCAGUGUUCAAGGCAAAGCAGUGUUCUAAUAGAUGAACUAUCUUACACUAAUGAUACAAGGUACAUUUCACAAAAUAUGACAGAUACAGAAAUGGACAAUUUUGUAACAUAAUAUUAAUAUCAUACCGUCUCAGCAUUCCUUUAUGUUAUGUUAGACUAAUAGUGUUAAUGUAUUUUAAAUGUACAAAUCGUUUGUAUUCGUCAUAAUCCAAAUUACUUGUGCGUAGUAACUCGGUAUAAUUUUUGUUUUGAUGUUUUGUGAAAAUUAUUAUAUUCAAAUUAUUACAGAACAUAUUAUUUUUUUCACUUUGUUAUUAAUUAUUUAUUGUUCAAAUAAUUGUGUAGUUAAUUUAUUCAUAUAGUUUCAUUUUUUAAACAUAGUUUAAAAUUGAGACAUUUUAUAUUUACAGUUGAUUUCUCAAACUAUGUUGUAAUUUAUCAGUUGCUAAUGUUGUAGUUUUCUAGCAUGCAAUUAAUUCAUAUUAAUAAUUUUCCAAUACCUUCAUUUAUGAUUAAACUGAAUAAAAAAUUAAUCAGAUUCAUUACAAAUAAUUAUUAUUAUCCGACAUUAAUGUCAUCUAAAUCAAAAAGUAUACAUAAAGAUUAAAAGUUUUCUAUGUUUUUACGACAUAACAUAUUGUAGCAUGUAGCUAGCUGAUACAUAUUCUGUUCUAUUUUUACUGAAGGCUGUGAUUACUUAUACCUGGAAUUAUGAAUAUUUGCUAGGAUUUUGCAAUUUAUAAGUGAUAAGCAGACAUUUUAGAGAAUGUUUAUGGGUAAUUUACUGUCAGAGAACAUUUUAAAUGAAGUAAAAGAAUGCAAAAUGUAAUGAUAAACAGGGCUUUUCUAAAUUGCAUUAGAAUUUUUCAGAUUCUGUCAAUAGAAUACAUUAUAACUUUGUAGUAUUUUAAACCUAAGUUGUUAUGAUUUAGAAUAUUUUUAUGAUACAAAGCUUUGUAAAUGUGAACCUAAAAUAAUUUAAACACUUUAAAACUCAAAGAAACAAGUUAGUUAAUGAAAUUUGCAUAAUACAUUUUAUCAAUAACUAGUAGAAGCACAGUGUGGAAAUAGUUCAUGUUUUAAAACCCAUUUGAUGCGCCAGUACCCAAUUUAAGCCUACUUAUUUCCUCAUUGAGCAUAGUUUAUUUUAGGCCUGUUGAUGCCAGAUAAAUAUCUAAAAUAUUCAAAACUUAAAUGAUAUAUUCAAAUUUAACGAAUACAAUAACUUAAAUUUAAUACUCCAUAUGUAUGCGUGUCUUAAAUUUUUGUUUGUAUGGUAAUAUUGUUUGGGAUUGGCAUCAGAUAUCGAUUUCAAAAAGAGAAUUUAUAUUUAGAAUAACAAAAAUAAUUAUUUGUGAAUCUGUAUAUUUGUUAUACCUCAAAUGUAUAUUUAUUUUUAGGUUUUUUUGAUUGAUAUUAUAUCAAGAUUUUAAUAAAAUCUUUUACUGUU